AAACAAGCAAAGUAAUUCUCACCAAAGCACAGACGGUUGUGCUACAGCAGGAGCUGCACUUGCUCUCUGACACACUUUCUGUUUUUGGAUAGUUUUGCUGCAAACGCACCCACACUUCUUCAGAGGUAACAACUUCAGGUUAUAUGCCGCAUAUUGAGACUGACGCAUGCGUGAUAUGAAGGGUCCCCUUUGGCAGCCCACACUCGAGAGAUCUGCCUUCCAAGCGCAUAAUCUAGGUGAAUGCUGUCAUGCCAUUUGGGUGCCUUGCUCUGCGAGACGGGCGGACUUACAAUAGUAUAUCUGAUGUGACGGACAAAUAUGAGAUCGGUCAGGUCCUUAGAGCGAAGGAGUUCUGUGAGCUGUGCCUGGCUAAAGACAGACAAACAGACAAAGUGUUUGUCUGCAAGAAAUUUCUUAAGAAAGACGGCAGGAAAGUCCGCAAGGCCGCCAAGAACGAGAUCAUGAUUCUGAAACUGGUCAACCACCCAAACAUCCUUCAGCUUAUUGAUACAUUUGAGACUCGGAAAGAAUACUUCAUCAUCCAAGAACUUGCCACAGGGGGAGAUGUAUUUGACUGGAUUCAGGACCAAGGGAAUUACACAGAAAAAGAUGCCUCUAGUGUCAUUAGACAGGUCCUGGAGGCAGUGGCGUAUUUGCACUCUCUCAACAUAGUCCACAGAAACCUCAAGCUGGAAAAUCUAAUGUACUACACUGAGAACAAUCACAACAAAGUAGUUCUACGAGAUUUCUACCUCUCCAGAUUUGAGAAUGGACCCAUCACAGAACCUUGUGGAACUCCAGAAUACCUGGCACCUGAAGUAGUGGCUCGCCAUCGGUAUGGACGACCAGUGGACUGCUGGGCUGUGGGUGUCAUUAUGUUCAUACUCUUAUCUGGUAACCCUCCUUUUUAUGAUGAAACAGAAGAGGAGAAUACAGAUCUACAUAAUCGCAUCAUUUUCUGUCGCAUUGUUGCUGGUGACUUUGAGUUUGAUUCUCCAUACUGGGAUGACAUAUCCCCUGCAGCUAAGGAGCUUGUCUGUCGACUCAUGGAGGUGGACCAGAUGCUGAGAAUCACAGCACAAGAUGCGCUUUGGCAUGAAUGGAUUGCAGGAAAUGGUGCAUCAGAAAAGAACCUGAAGGAUGGCGUCUGUGCCCAAUUUGAGAAGAACUUUGCAAAGGCCAAAUGGCGGAAAGCGAUCCGCGUCACCACUUUCAUGCAGCGACUGAAGAACUCUGAGUCAGUUAUUGACAGUUCAGCUGAGGUAAAAAGUGAGGAAGCAGGGGAAGUUGAGGAGGGGGCAACCCAGGUGGCAAGCAAUGACGGAGGUAGAAGGGUCGCUGACGGAGGAGGGGUGACUUCCAGUGGUGUGUCCUUAGAGGUAAUGGUUGAAAAUAGACCAGCAGGUGUGGACCAAGAGGUGGAAAAACAGGAGGCAAAUGUGAUUCUUGAACCUUCAUCUCCACCUGGCGAAAAGCUUGGCACAAAGAAAGCACCAGCUAAUGAAAAAAGGAAAACAGAUGAUCAAAAUAAAGAAUCCAAAAUAACCCCUGAAUGCACUAAGCUAUUAGACAGUAGUUCAGGUCUACAUCUUGACAGGAAACAAACAAGCGCCUCACCUGAUCCCAACACCAAGCGUAAGAUGGCUGCAACAAUCCAUCGUCCUCCCACAGCUGCUGGUAGUGGCACACAGAAAGAUGAGAGUGAUGGAAGCUGGUGUCAGACUCAACUACCUGAGGCGGUUGCAGAAAGUUCCGUGGGAGAAGCAGUCACACCGGCAAUUGCACCGGGACCAGGGGUAGAUGCAAGUCUUGGUGUUAAUUUAAGGGGUGAAGCCAGUCCUGUGUUGAAGAAUAGGGAUGCCCGGAAAAUAGACAGAUAUAGUGCUGAGUUUAAUAUCGCCAGGGCAAGUCCUUCAAUAGGUCAGGCUUGCUAUGCAAUUGGUAGCUCUGCUAGUUUGGGCCGUCACGCCACCCCAUACAGCACAGACAUUGGGACGGUAAGCAUGGGGAUGGCAGGGCCCUAUGGGAGUCCUUAUAGUACUCUCUACACACGGGGACGAGGGGUAGGGAUGUAUGGGACUGGGCUGCAUCAUGGAGCAGUUGGAAGCAGUGUGACAAGCGACUGGCAAAUGGACAGUGUAAUCGAGCAGAUAGAAAAGCAAAUGGUGGCAGUGCUGGAGAAAAUAGAGGGAGACAUGCCCUCAUUGCUGGAGCAAAUCAGUGACUGCCCCUCUGAACCACUACGCAUCAGGAGUACGCACGCCUCACCCGCCACCUCUCGUGCACGCACAUCACAACACCCAACUGAAACAUCAGGCACCCCGCCACCUCUUCCCACGUCUCCCAGGCCUGCACUGCCAUCGCUCCCUCGCCUUACUAUUCCACCUCCUUCCUAUCCUCCACCUUCCCCUCCUCAGGCUUUAGUCCAGGCUACAGAGGAGCAGCUGGAGAAGGGUGGACAGAGAGGUGCAGACUAUUGUGGCCAUUCUUCUGGAACUGGAAUGGGCAGAGGGUUAUAAAACAGGUGAGAAAAGUAUGAUACAAAACAAAAUUUGGGGAAAAAAAUCAUCUUGAUCUUUUGUUGAAGGUCUUGAUAUAGUCGCACCCAGACAACACAGCCACCUCAUCCCCCACGGAGAUGUUGUAUUGUGUGGUAUGAUAGCAUGGUCACAAUAAGAUGACCAGUACCCAAAUACUCAUCUUAUAAAGAAGAAUAGGUAAUCCAUAUAUUUGUAUGACAUCUGUAAAGAGCAUGAUCUCACUCCACUGGUCUCUCAACACUAAAAUCCACUUUGUGUCGUCAAAAAGUGCAGCACAGGGGGAAAUGGAAUAUGAGUAACUGAUAAGGUACUAUUUUAAUUUAAUUGUCUCCUGCAAAUUGUAAAUGCAAGUACUGUAAACAGGUUCCUAAUUCUUGUUCUGCUAUGUUGUAAACUUCCUCAUGUUCACACAUUUUUUGUAAUUAAGCAGUUCCAUUCGUACUUUUGUUUAUUUUAUUGUAGAUUUUCAUUCUAGGCUGAAGUUGAGAUGCAGCAAACUGGACUGAUCCAAACUUAUAGUUGUUUAAUGUGAACAUGUCUACACCCUAAUCCAGUGGUUCUUAACCUGGGUUCGAUCGAACCCUAGGGGUUCGGUGAGUCGGCCUCAGGGGUUCGGCGAAGGUCAAGACACACCCGACUCAUCGUGUAAAUAAAAACUUCUCCCCAUUUGCAGGUGUGUAAUUUGUUAUGAGUUCAUGCACUGUGUUGGUUUUGUUCUUUGAACAAGGUGAUGUUCAUGCACAGUUCAUUUUGUGCAGCAGUAAAAAAACAUGGUAACACUUUAGUAUGGGGAACAUAUUCACCAUUAAUUAGUUGCUUAUUAACAUGCAAAUUAGUAACAUAUUGGCUCUUAACUAGUCAUUAUUAAGUACUUAUUAAUGCCUUAUUCGGCAUGGCCUUAUUAUAAUCCUAACCCUCUAACCCUAGCCCUAACCCUCUAACCCUAUAACCCUAACCCUAACCAAAUAACUCUAAAUUAAGUCUUUGUUACUUAGAACAGUGUUUUUCAACCUUUUUUGAGCCAAGGCACAUUUUUUGUGUUGAUAAAAUGUGGUGGCACACCACCAGCAGAAAUAAUUAAAAAAAGAAACUCAGUUGACAGUAAAAAGUCGUUGUCGCAAUUGUUGGAUAUGACUUUAAACCAUAACCGAGCACGCAUUACUAUAGCUCUUGUCUCAAAGUAGGUGUAGUUGACUUAUUUGGAGUUUCUUUGCUGUUUUCCUGUGUGUAGUGUUUUAGUUCUUGUCUUGCGCUCCUAUUUUGGUGGCUUUUUCUCUUGUUUUGGUAUUUUCCUGUAGCAGUUUCAUGUCUUCCUUUGAGCGAUAUUUCCCGCAUCUACUUUGUUUAGCAAUCAAGAAUAUUUCAGUUGUUUUUAUCCUUCUUUGUGGGAACAUUGUUGCUUGUCAUGUCAUGUUCGGAUGUACUUUGUGGACGCCGUCUUUGCUCCACAGUAAGUCUUUGCUGUCGUCCAGCAUUUUGUUUUUAAUUUGUAGCCAAUUCAGUUUUAGUUUUGUUCUGCAUAGCCUUCUCUAAGCUUCAAUGCCUUUUCUUAGGGGCACUCACCUUGUGUUUAUUUUUGGUUUAAGCAUUGGACACCUUUUUGCCUGCACACUGUCUCCCGCUGUUUCCGACAUCUACAAAGCAAUUAGCUACCGGCUGCCACCUACUGAUAUGGAAGAGUAUUACACGGUUACUCUGCCGAGAUCUAGACAGCACCGACACUCAACAACAACAACACAUCAUUUGCAGACUAUAAUUACUGGUUUGCAAAGCAUACUUUUAACCCUUCCAUCCAUCCAUCCAUCCAUUUUCUACCGCUUAUUCCCUUCGGGGUCGCGGGGGGCGCUGGAGCCUAUCUCAGCUACAAUCGGGCGGAAGGCGGGGUACACCCUGGACAAGUCGCCAUCUCAUCACAGGGCCAACACAGAUAGACAGACAACAUUCACACUCACAUUCACACACUAGGGCCAAUUUAGUGUUGCCAAUCAACCUAUCCCCAGGUGCAUGUCUUUGGAGGUGGGAGGUAGCCGGAGUACCCAAAUAGGUGAAAUUAGAUAAUCUCCCACGGCACACCAGGCUGUCUCUCAGUACAGUGGUUGAAAAGCACUGACUUAGAAUAUGUUCCCCUAGUGCGGGGGUCGGCAACCCGCGGCUCUAGAGCCGCAUGCGGCUCUUUAGCGCCGCCAUAGUGGCUCUCUGGAGCUUUUUCAAAAAUGGAUGAAAAAUGGAAAAAGAUGAGGGGAAAAAAUAUAUUUUUUGUGUUAAUAUAGUUUUUGUAGGAGGACAAACAUGACACAAAAAUCCCUAAUUGUUAUAAAGCGCACUGUUUAUAUUAAACAUGCUUCACUGAUUCGAGUAUUUGGCGAGCGCCGUUUUGUCCUACUAAUUUUGGCGGUCCUUGAACUCACCGUAGUUUGUUUACAUGUAUAACUUUCUCCGACUUUCUAGGACGUGUUUUAUGCCACUUCUUUUUCUGUCUCAUUUUGUCCACCAAACUUUAAACGUUGUGCAUGAAUGCACAAAGGUGAGUUUUGUUGAUGUUAUCGACUUGUGUGGAGUGCUAAUCAGACAUAUUUGGUCACUGCAUGACUGCAAGCUAAUCGAUGCUAACAUGCUAGUUAGGCUAGCUAUAUGUACAUAUUGCAUCAUUAUGCCUCAUUUGUAGGUAUAUUUGAGCUCAUUUAGUUUCCUUUAAGUCCUCUUAAUUAAAUUUAUAUCUCAUGACACACUAUCUGUAUGUAAUAUGGCUUUUAAUUUUUCGAGGCUCCAGACAGAUUUGUUUUUGUACUUUUGGUCCAAUAUGGCUCUUUCAACAUUUUGGGUUGCCGACCCCUGCCCUAGUGUCCAAAAAACUCUAAAUUCAGUCUUUGUUACUUAGAAUAUGUUCCCCAUACUAAAGUGUUACCAAAAACAUAUAACUUUGUCUUGAAUUUGGAAAAAAAAAAAAAACAUUUUAUUUUUCACUAAAGAAAGGUUUGAUGAAUGCGCAUAUGAAAUUGGUGGGGUUCGGUACCUCAAAGGUUAAGAACCACUGCCAUAAUCCAGUAGUCUUGCACAUAUAUUUUGUUGAAAGGAAGAGCUAAACGUAUUACUUUUAGUAUCACAAGUGUAAAAAAAACAAUGUAUUACAUUUUUAUCAUGAUUUUGGAUCAAUGUGGCCGAUUAACCCCUGAUAAAGUUAUCCACUAUUUCACACCCCUAUGUAAACUAUACUGUCUGUUGGUCUUUCAAUAAAGUCAGAAAUUGUCAUCUGUA